AUGCCCUUUAAAUACUAUUCUCUGCAGUUAUUCCCGGGCUGGUCUGCUCGCGACAACUACGCGAUCCACUCGAAACGGAAGAAGAAGAAAAAACUGAUGGCGGCUGCGGCAUCGGCUGCCACUAUUGCUUUGCGUUUUCAGCACCAGCAUUCGCUCAAUCAAUCUUCUCGAGGACGGGGCACCUCUGGGUCACCCGACUCCUUGGCAGGUUUACCGGCCCUCUCCGGUUUUCCAGGCCAAAGCCAUAAUUCACUGGACUCCACAAGCCCAUACAGUCGUCUCGGCUCUGCCUCCGGCUUUUCUGGACGAAGCAGGAAUUCGGAUCAUCCUCGUGAGGCUUCUGCUUCCAGCGGUUCUAGAGGUGGCUGCGGAAAUUGCAUUAACCAUACCACAUGUGUCGAACACGGCCGAGGUUCUCCUCAUGACCCGACCGGCCCGGCAUCAGCGUCUCCGGGCUCCACUUCAUCGGUUUGCUGUGAGCCUGGAAUACUGUCGCCACAACCGCCGCAAGGUCAACAUCUUAGUCAGCCAGGAGAUCGGUUUGUCGUUGAUCUAGGCAACCCGAAGAAGUGUAGAGCCCGUUUUGGCUUGGAGCAGCAGAACAGAUGGUGCAAACCAUGUCGGCAAGUUGAUGGAAUUGUUCUUUCAGUUACUUCUACGUAUAUACACACACUCCUUUCCAACAUUAUAUAA